UCUCGGCCGAUUGAGACGCUAGCGCGCUGUUCUGGGACCGCGUCUCGGAAAAAGACAGACAAGAGAGUUGAGAAAAACCCGCGUGUUGUAUCAAACCAGAAGCGAACAUAAUAUGCUGUCAAAUAAAUAAACAAAAGAGACUUUGCCAUACGCAGAAGGUGCUGAAAAUCCAGAGAAUGCGCAACUAACCAACAGAAAUAAAGCGAUUCAAAUUUCCAAAUAUCGGGUGUUAAUUGCCACCAAAAAAAAAAACGUGUAUAAAAAAGUGUAUCCAUUGCCGCAAAAUGUGCCACUAGGAAGACAUUGGAAAUGGUCAAUCAAGCGUCAACAAUUCAAGGUGGAGGUGGCAGGCACUCACCCGUGCCCAGUCCCCAACUAUCACAGAGGAAUAUCUUGCGUGCUAGCCCCAAGUGCUCGAGCCUAGACGUGGUGGUGGCGACGCCAGCAGCUCCUGCUGCACCUGGCAACGACAUCAUUGGCGAUGUCGUCGGCAACUUUGGCAUCUGGCAGCUGCGCACCAUUCUCAUCAUCUUUCUGUGCAAGAUACCGGCCGCCUGGUUCAUGGCCUGCAUCAUCUUCACCGCCCCCGAGCUCUAUCCACGCACAGAGUUCACGUGCGACACGAGCUACCUGAACAGCAGCUCCAACUACAGCGUCACGGACAACCAGUGCUACGUGCAGGACGUGGAAUCCGAUAGUCGGAGUGAGUGCGAACAGUUCACGUAUGUCUCCAGCUUCGAUUCGCUGAUCAUGCAGUUCAAUUUGGUGUGCCUGCGGGACAUCUUCAUUGCCUGGACACAGUACUGGCAUCUGUUUGGCGUCCUCGUUGGCGGAGUAUUGGGCACCAAAAUGAUGCUAGGCAUCAGUCCACGCAUCACCUACUGUGUGGGUGCAGUGGCGCAGAUCUUUUGCGGGGUUGUCACUGGCUAUGCGCGGGACUUCAGUCUACACUGUGCCUUCCGCUGCAUAUCGGCCGUGUGCUGCGCCAUUAUGUUCACCGCUGGACAGGCUAUUUUUACUGACAUAACGGCUGGCAUGCAUCGGAUUGGGGCCAUUAUACUCUACGAUACAUUCUGGUCCAUUGGUGUCAUCAUCUUGCCGACCUUGUCAUCCUUCUUUAACAGCUGGUCCCUCAUCUAUGUGGGCAUAACGUUCCCCACUGUGAUGCUCCUCGUGCUGCUCUACUGGACUCCAGACUCACCACGCUGGCUGCUUCGGCAUGCCGUCGAUCGUCACUCCAUUGCCAAUGUGGAGCAAAUAGUUCGCGAAGGCGCUGAGAUCAAUGAUCGCUCCUUCAAAAUACCACCGGACUUUCGACAGCAGCUGGAGCUGCUCAGUGAGAGACUUAAGGCGGCGCCAGCACCAGCACCCUGGACGCAGCUGUGGCAGGGCAAGCGGGCCAAGACUCACAUGGUCGCAGCCCAUUUGGCAUUGGCCUUCUUUGUCAUCAAUUUCAUGGGCAUGUUGCUGAAUAUUAGAUCCUUUGGUCGUAACUAUCUGGUGCCGAAUACCAUAGCAAUGGGUUUCUCUGAGAUAAUUGGCUGUUUUCUGGCGCUUCAUUUUACUAUGAAGCACAACAAAUGGAAGUGGCAAUGUGCCGGCACCUUCAACAUUCUGGCUGGAAUGCUGGGCUGUAUGGGCUGGUUAUUCACCGGCGCCGACUCCAUGGAUGCUGACUUAAAGGUCUCGCUGUGGAUGAUCAUUGCGACGAUACCCAAGGCUGGUGUGUCCUGUGCUCAGUCGAUGCUCCUGGCCUGCAUGAAUGAGCUGGUGCCGGCGAACAAGAAGCAACUGUUUGUCUUCUCAGUGGUGACGUGGGCACGCAUCUGGCUCCUCUCGGCACCGUUCUUCAAUGUACUUAAGCGUAUCGAUACUGCUCUCUCUCUGACCUCGUACUGUGUCUUCAGCAUACUUGGCGGCAUCUGCACCUGCCUGCUCCUGACGCCGCGCACCAGUAGUGCUCCUGUGGUGCCCCAACCAGAGCCGCUGCAGGAUAAGAAGGAGCAAUCGCCCUUAAGUACUGCGAUUUGGACAAUCGAAUCGGAUGUGCAUAAUACACGCUUGUAGGCUGUACUGUUGUCUUACUAAAAUUCCAUAUAUAUUAUAUUUAGCUAAUAAAAACUCAAUUCACUGUGAUUAG